AUGGCUUUGUCCUACCAGCAGACCAAGCUCAUCAGAGGCACCAUUCCUGCCCUGACUGACCAUGGAGAGCGCAUCACCACCAUCUUCUACCGCAACAUGCUUCGUGAUCACCCCGAGCUCAACGACUACUUCAACACAGUCAAUCAAGCAAACGGCCGCCAACCCCGUGCCCUUACCGCUGUUAUCCUCAGCUACGCCAACAACAUCAACCACAUCACAGAGCUUAUCCCAAAGAUGGAGCGCAUGUGCCACAAGCACUGCUCUCUAGGCAUCAAGCCAGAACAUUAUGCUAUAGUCGAGAAGUAUCUCAUUGCAGCCUUUGCAGAGGUCCUCGGCCCCACCAUGACCACUCAGAUCAGAGAGGCGUGGACAAAGGCCUACUGGAUGCUUGCAAAGAUGCUCAUCGGUCGUGAGGCUCAGCUCUACCGGGACUUUGGUAAGUGGCAGGGCUAUCGAAAGUUCCGCAUCGAGAAGAAGGUUGAAGAAUCGGACGACAUCUACUCCUUCUACCUCGUUCCUGUCGAUGGCAAGCGCCUCCCUUCCUUCCAGCCUGGCCAAUAUGUCUCUGUUCAGAUCCCCAUCGUCGACAAGGGAUAUGUUCAGUCUCGCCAAUAUUCUCUGAGCGAUGCUCCCCGGCCUGACUAUUACCGCGUUACUGUUAAGAGAGACGAGGGUAUCCACAUGACCCGUAGCGGUCGAUAUCUUGGCGGCGAUGCCCUCAACCCCGGUGUCGUCUCAAACCUCCUCAUCGAUAUGAAGGAUGAAGGCGACGUCGUUGAGCUGGCUCACCCUGCCGGCGAAUUCUACCUCGACAUGUCCAACACAUCCAACGUCCCCAUCGUUCUCAUUUCGGCCGGCGUCGGUGUCACUCCUAUGAUGUCCAUCCUCAACACCGUUUCCGAACGCCAGCCUCACCGUCCCGUCUCCUGGAUUCACGGCUCUCGACGCUCCGUCCCCUUCUACGACCAGGUCCGCCGCAUUGCUCGCAACCGUUCCAACUUCCGCACAAACAUUUUCAAGACUCACCUUGCCGAAUCCGACAUCUUUGGUGUCACGUACGACCACGACUUCCGCAUGGACUUGGCCAAGGUCUCCAAAGAUGACCUUUACCUGUGCCACAGCUCCACCGAGUACUAUAUUUGCGGUCCUGAGCAAUUCAUGCUUGAGAUGGCCGAGUACCUCAAGGCCCAAAAGGUUGAUGCCAGCCGCAUGCACUUUGAACUCUUCAGCACUGGCGACAUGGAGUUCAAGGUUGAUAACCUGAGCAUUUCUUCUGCCUCCAAGAGCCCAUCGAUCGCCAGCGCUGAGCAAAGAUGUCCCAGCACUGGAGCUGUGUCUGCCGAUGGCGCUACCUGCCCAUUCUCAGCGGUAUAG